AUGGUGUUUACGUGUGCUGCUUUCGUAGCUCCAGUUGGUGGUUUUCGCGGCACGGCGGUGCGCGCUACGAGCCGCGAGGCCGUCGGACCCCGGCUGCAGGCUGGUGACCAGCCUGGUGCCUUCACUGCACGUACGCGAAGCUUAGGUGUGCCGCUGACGCGGAGCCGGCAACGUGCUGCGCACUCGAAUCUUGUGAUGAAGGUGCGGGUAGCGGUUUCCGGGUUCGGUCGCAUCGGACGCAACUUUGUGCGCUGCCUGCAAGCGACCCCGAACGCGAACCUGGAGCUGGUGGGGAUCAACGAUACGGCUGGCAUCAAAACUGCCGCUCAUCUGCUGAAGUACGACUCUAUUCUGGGAAUUGCACCGUUUGACGUGAAGGUUAGCGGGGAGAGUACCAUGCUCAUUGACGGGAAGCCGGUUACCGUUGUCAGCAACCGCGAUCCGACCCAGCUGCCUUGGAGGGACCUCAACGUCGACAUCGUCAUCGAGGCAACGGGUGUCUUUAUCUCAAGGGACGGGGCAGGCAAGCACAUCGAAGCGGGUGCCAAAAAGGUGGUCAUCACAGCGCCAGCGAAAGGCGAAGGCGUCCCGACCUUUGUCAUGGGUCUGAACAACACCCAGUAUAACCACGCCACCGACCAUGUGGUGAGCAACGCGUCGUGCACCACCAACGGCAUGGCACCGUUCGUGAAGGUGCUCGACGAGGAAUUCGGCAUCGUUUCCGGCAUGAUGACCACGACGCAUUCGUAUACCGGGGACCAGCGUCUGCUGGAUGCAUCGCAUCGCGACCUGCGUCGCGCCCGUGCGGCCGCGUUGAACAUCGUGCCGACCUCGACGGGUGCCGCGCAGGCGGUUGCGCUGGUGUAUCCACCAGUGAAGGGCAAGCUCACCGGCAUUGCCCUGCGAGUGCCGACCCCGAACGUUUCUAUCGUCGACUUUGUCUGCACGGUGAAGAAACCAACGUUCAAGGAGGAAGUGAAUGCAGCUUUCGUACGAGCAGCGGAAGGGCCAAUGAAGGGUAUCCUGGCGGUGAGCGAUGAGCCGCUCGUCUCAUCGGAUUAUCGGAUGAACGUCAACUCAAGCAUUGUGGAUGCAGCGCUGACGACGGUGAUGGGUGAUACGCUCGUCAAAGUGGUAGCCUGGUACGACAACGAGUAUGGCUACAGUCAACGGGUUGUGGACUUGGCCAACUACAUAGCGCAGCAUUUCUAG